AUGGAAAAUUAUCUUCGCGAAUGGCGCCAGGAGGCCCUCAACCGCUGCCAGUACGACACGGCCAUCUUUGUUGCCGACAAGCUGCUGGCCCUCACUGACGAUGACCAAGACGCCUUUUGGCUGGCCCAGGUCCACUUCACCACGGGCAAUUACAACCGCACCCAGGCCCUGCUUGCGCGCGGCAAUCUGAUUGACCGCACUCCCCAAUGCCGCUAUCUCGCUGCCCACUGCGCCAUCAAGCUGGGCAAGACGGAUGACGCUCUACACAUUCUCGGCGAUAAGAACCCCACACAUCUCAUUGCCGCCCCAGACAGUGCCCGUACUAAGCUGCGCCAUGUCCAUGUAAAUACACGCCACGGCCCCCGCCAUCACCGCUCCGGUUCGCGCAACGAGCGCCUGCCCACAAGUGAGGAACGCGACCGCGAGAAUGCCGACAACAUCAAGUCCGAAGCCGCCAUGUGCUACCUGCGCGGCGUUUGCUACGCCAAGCUGAACUCGUUCGAUCGCGCAAAGGAGUGCUACAAGACGGCUGUCCAGAUUGACGUCCAGUGUUUCGAGGCCUUCGACGCUCUCAUGUCCAAUUCGCUCAUGGCUCCGGACGAGGAGUGGAAGUUUCUCGAGUCGCUGAAUUUCGACACCAUCAAUGUCUCCAGCAAUCCCUCGCUGUCGCAAGAAGCCGCCUCUUUCACAAAGACACUCUAUACCACCCGUCUAUCCAAGUACACCAGACCCGAGGAGUUUGCGAAUGCUACCGAGACCCUUACCACUCAUUACAACCUUGGCGAGAACCCAGACAUUGUUCUCUCCAAGGCCGACCUCAUGUUCACCCUGUGUAGAUUCCGCGAUACCCUUGCUCUUACCUCGUCCGUUCUUUCCAAUGACAAAUAUAACUUCAAUAUCAUGCCCAUACACAUAGCAUCUCUGCACGAACUGGGCGAGAAAAACACACUCUUCCUCCUCGCCCAUGAGCUCGCGGACACACAUCCCUCUGAACCGUGCGUGUGGUUUGCUGUCGGCACAUACUAUCUCGCAAUCGGACGUAUAGCCGAAGCGCGCCGAUACUUUUCAAAGUCGUCCAUGAUGGAUCCGCAUUUUGGGCCCGCAUGGAUUGGCUUCGCACAUACAUUUGCCGCUGAAGGCGAGCACGACCAGGCCAUUUCUGCCUACUCGACCGCUGCACGAUUGUUUCAAGGCUCCCACCUGCCCCAGAUGUUCCUCGGCAUGCAGAACCUCCAACUGAACAACCUGACCUUGGCAAAAGAGUAUCUCAAGACAUCAUAUGACUUGUGUGAAAAUGAUCCAUGUCUACUUAAUGAAAUGGGCGUUGUCUAUUUCCAUGAGGGGCAACUUGUCGACGCCAUACACUUCUUCCGCCGAGCACUCGCCUUCUCAGAGCAAAACGAAGCAGAUCCUGAUACUUGGAUACCCACGCGGAUAAACCUUGCCCAUGCCCUUCGCAAGCACGAGAAAUACAGCGAAUCACUCGCCACUUUCGACGACGUCCUUCGCCAUGGCACAAAGGAUCCCAGCGUAUUUGCAGCAAAAGCACUAGUACUCCUUAACAUGGACCGUAGCUGGGACGCCAUUGUGACCCUUCACGAAGCCCUAGCCGUCGCGCCCCAAGACCCCAUGGCCACUGAUCUCCUCAACCGCGCUUUGGAAGUCAACGAAUCUGACAGCGGGCACGCGCAGUCCGACCCAGCUGGUGCAUCAACCUUUCCAGGCGAACCAGAAGAAAACGAAGAGAUUGAAGAGCUGGAACGCCGCAUGAGUGGCAAGCUACGGGAAAUCGAACAAAAUCGCGUCGCGGGCAGACGGAGCCGCAGGAGACGCCAUGCACAGGGUGGAUCAGUUGAGGAUGUUAGCGCUUUUGGCGAAAGUAUGGUGGUUGACUCAGAUGAAGGAUAA